ACAAAAUAUUCUGUUUUAACAUGUAUAAAUUGUGCCUGGACUUUUGUUGGUGUUUUUAAAAUAGAUUUCUCAGCUAGUUUAAUUUGCGUGUGGCAAAGCAGAUCUAUGCUAUUUCAGUCAAGUAACUUUCUUGGUUUCAGGAAAUGACCGAUUACAAGGAAGUAGAAAGAGUUUUGCUACUUUCGAUCUGGCGUGUAUGAGCAGCAGCUGUCUUAGGCAACGCACAACACAAAGGAAACCUGCGAGGAGCUUUCUGAUGAAUCCGUAAGAUAUUAAAUAAUACUAGGAUUUUAAACUGAACUGACUGCCUGAGGGUGUGUCCUACUCCAUACGCCCUGGGAAAGCGAAUGCGGGAGGAGCCAAUAUACAAGGUGUGUGUGUGUGUUUGGGUGUGAGUGUGUGUUUAGGUGUGUGUGUGUGUGUGUGUGUGUGUGUGUGUGUGUUUGUUUGGGUGUGAGUGUGUGUGUGUUUAGGGGGCAGACAUGAGUCGUGGUCCCCCACUCCAACCCCAGUUAUAUGGGGAUUGGGAGCUCAAGGAGCGUUUGGGUACUGGAGGAUUCGGCAACGUCACACGCUGGCAAAACAAGGAGACGGAGGAGCAGAUAGCCAUAAAGCAGUGUCGUCAGGAGUUGAGUGCGAGGAAUAAGGAACGCUGGUGCCUGGAGAUUCAGAUCAUGAAGAGGUUGAACCACAAGAACGUGGUGGCAGCCAGGGAUGUUCCUGAGGCCCUUCAACGACAGGCCCCAAGUGAACUCCCCCUGCUUGCCAUGGAGUACUGCCAAGGAGGAGACCUGCGUAAGUACUUGAAUCUGCUGGAUAACUGCUGUGGGAUGAGAGAAGGAUCCAUCCUUAUUCUACUAAAAGACAUAUCCUCUGCAAUGACAUACCUCCACAACAAGAGAAUUAUCCACAGAGAUUUGAAGCCUGAGAACAUUGUUCUCCAGCAGGGAGAGAUGAGACUGAUCCAUAAGAUCAUUGAUCUUGGCUACGCUAAGGAGCUAGACCAGAGCAGCCUCUGCAACUCUUUCGUCGGAACCCUUCAGUACCUAGCCCCAGAGCUGUUGGAGCAGAGGGCGUACACAGUCACUGUGGACUACUGGAGCUUUGGGACGUUUGUGUUUGAGUGCAUCACAGGAUUCCGCCCCUUCCUGCCAACAUGGCAGCCUGUGCCUUGGCAUACUAAGCUGAAGACGAAGGACGAGGAUGAUAUAGUGGUGUAUGAGAACCUGCAGGGAGAGGUGCACUUCUCCAAACACCUGCCACAGCCCAACAAUAUCAACAAGUACCUAGCAUGUCGGCUGGAGUGCUGGCUGCAGCUGAUGCUGAGGUGGUCCCCUGAGGCCAGGGGCCGAGAGACCUGGAAGGGGUUCAAACAGGCCCAGGAGGGGGGCAAAAGCUCCCACAGUAACGCCCCGUACUGUUUCAGGCAGCUGGAUCUCAUCCUGGAGCUCAAGCUGGUCCACGUUCUGAACAUGAUUACAGCUGAGAUCCUGACCUACCCCAUAGAGCCCAAAGAGACAGUAGCUUCCCUGCAGUGUAAGAUCCACGGUGACACGGGCAUCCCACCAGCCAAUCAGGAGCUCCUCCUGGAGGCAGGGCUGGCCCUGGAGCCCAGCAAUGAGGCCGAACUCGGUGCGGUGGACUAUUGUACGAUAGAUGGCUCCAGGAGUGACGUGCCCUUGGUAUUUCUAUUUGACCGCUCCAACUGCAGCUACGAACCUCAGUUCAACCCUCGGCAGUUACCUGAGAACAUACGACUCGUGCAGAAAGAGCCCAAGCGAGUGCUGCAGUAUAGCCCGCUGAGGCGUACAUAUGGGCAAGCCUGGCACACCAUUCGCACCCUCAAGGAGGACUGGCAAAGACUGCAGCAGGGACAGAAAGCUGCUCUUAUGAGUCUGCUGAGACACAACGGCACUCUGUCCAAGCAGAAGAAUGAGAUGGUCUCCAUGUUCCAGCGCCUGAAGGCCACACUGGAGUUCUUCAACGCCAGCCUGCACAUAGACAUAGACAAGUACAAGGAGCAGAGGGCCACCGGGAUAGCUUCAGAAAAACUCUUCAGUGUGUGGAACGACAUGGAGCAGACAGCACUCAACUGUGGCCAGACUGAGGAAGUGACUAAGUUGGAGGAGGAAAUGAUGUCACUGCAGACAGACAUUGUUGACGUGCAGAGGCAACCAUGGAGGAGUGGGGAAACGCUAGAGUUACUAGAGCUGAGGGCAAUGGAUCUAUUCAGAAAGCUUAGAGAAAGACCACGAGAACAGCGUUGCCCUGGAGACUGCCAGGAGGUGGUGAAGCUCGUUGUUCAGGCCAUUCAGUUCUACGAGAAGAAACUCAGAGACUUUUACACACACCUGAGUACGACGGUGUUGUGUAGGCAGCGGGUGAUGGAGCUGCUGCCGCGGGUGGAGGGGGUGGUGCAGCACAUGGGUGAGAGUGAGCAGGAGCUGCUCCGACUGCAGGAGAGAAGGCAGAAGGAGCUGUGGGAAUUACUCAAGGUGGC